UAAUAAUAUUUAUAAUAAAUUUUGUGGUUUUUGUAAUUGACUCUAAAAAUUUAAUAGAAUAGAAUGCAAAACAAUAAUUUUCAAUCAUUUUUCAUUAAGAUAUUGUCAGAUCAAUAAUAAAAUUAAAUAUAGUGUUUGUUAAACACGUCAUUAGUAAUUACUUUUUGUGGUCGAAUGCAAAUCUUUCGAUAUGGUGACACUGAAUGACAAACAAACCACUUUGAUAAGUAAUAAAAAAUUAAGAAUAAAUAGGCAGCCUACAAUUAUUUUGACUUUAUUCUCCUCCUGACUGUUCCAGAUUCCAACCUUGACAUGUAGCGCAGUCCCUCUCCUACUUCUUCUACGGUACGGUAUUUUCUCCGGAUGGAACGACCGUGCAACUGUUUGUCGUAAAACAGAAAUCGAACACAAUUACGCGAGGCGCACGGCAAAAAAAUCAGUCAAAUAAGGCGGUAACGGGGUAAACUUUGCAGUCCGUGGACCACAUUAUGUGUUAAAGGCCUCAACGAAUCGGUUUUUGUGUUGCCAUAAUGUUCCUGAUCGUGGGAUUUUGUCUUGUGGUCGUUAUUACCGGGGUGGCGAUUGUGAGGUCGAAAAAACCCCUCAAGUUAAUUCUGGCUGAGGCGAAAUACGAGCUGAUGUACAAUGCUGUAGGAUCCAAGGGUGUGUUAGAGGACUACCUCAUGAGGGCCAAGAACAAAACAGAGUUGCCAUUAAAACCUGGAAAAGUGGCGGUAAUCACAGGUGGCAAUCGUGGAAUAGGAAAGGAGGUAGUCAAGAUGUUCCUGAAGUGCGACAUGACUGUCGUAAUGGGUUGUCGCAACAUCCAAGCAGCCGAAGCAAUGAUCAAAACUCUAAGAGAUGCAGGUGUUGAAGCUGGAAAAACGGAAGUCUUCAACUUGGACAUAAGUGUGAUCGAGUCAGUUAAAAAUUUCGCCAACAAAGUUAAAGCCAAGUAUCCAAAAAUAAACUACGCGGUAAACAAUGCUGGAAUAAUGUUUGGACCUUACAUUGAAACUAAAGACGGUUACGAGUCCCAAUUCUCUACAAAUUAUCUGGGACACUUUUUACUCAUUCACCUUUUAUUGCCCAACAUUAAGGCUGGUGGUGAUGAAAACGAAAACGCAAGGAUCGUUAAUGUUUCAUCCUGUGCACAUCUAAUCGGGGACAUUAAAUUCGAGGAUAUCAACAAUAGGAAACAGUAUAUACCAGGUGCUGCCUACUCCCAAUCAAAAUUGGCUCAAGUGCUGUUCUCUAACCAUUUGGAUAACGUGCUGAAGGAAAGUAAAAGUCACGUUCAAGUCCACUCCGUUCAUCCAGGCGUCGUGAACACGGACCUAUUCGACGGCACUCCGCUCAAAAAUUACGCACCUUGGAUUUUAAAAUUGUUCAAGUCACCAAGGCAAGGAGCAGUACCAAUCGUUUACACCUGCCUCUCCAAGGACCUUGAAGGCAAAGGCGGUACUUAUAUUCACAACUGCAGGAUUCAUGAAACAAGUGAAUUGGCCAAGUCUGUCGAGCUGCAGGAGAAAUUGUUCAAUUUCACCAACAAGUUGCUGAAAAUCGACGACUUUGGAAAGUGAUUUAUUUAUUUUUUUUUAUAAUAAAUUAUUUAUUUAGAGUCA